AAAAAUCUCCCAAAAUUCGAAAAGCAAAUCGCAAUUCGCACCAAUCGUGCUCGUCGCCGGCGACCACCUCCGCCAGCCGGAUCACCGCGACCGCCAUUACCUCCUCGGCGAGCAACUCGGAGGGACAGUCACCCCCGCCACUGCGCCGGAUCUACUUCCCACUCUCCUGUCCUCUCCUCUCUCUCUCUAUCGCCAUCGCCAUCCGUCCACUGCUCCCCAGGUCAAGUCCACCCAGAAAAUUCCAGCCCAACUGCCUCCGCCCUCCGGCCACCCCACCGCGGAAACCCUUAUUUAUACCACUACCACCACCUCACCGUCGCUUCGCCCGCCACGGCGACCUCGACGACUCCCCCUGCCUCGCCCCCGACCUCUCCGGGCCGCAAGCGCCGCCGCGAGCCCGGCCCCGACCCUGACCCGGACCCAGGCGCCGUCUCAGCCACGGGGAACUCGUUGGGCGGCCGCGGCGGCGGGGGCAGCCGCGGCGCCUCCCGCCCGCCCGCCACGGCUCCGCCCCCGCGCACUGAGUAUGACCUUUUCGCCCUUCUCGUGGAUCCGCCGACGCGGGUGCUCACGCAGAAAGAGGUGAAGCACUGCAAGGAGGCGCUCAAGGCGCUCAAGAAGAAGAUCAAGCAACCCGCCGCGAUUUCCAAGGAGUUCUAUGCCCUCCCGGACAUAAGAAUAGCACCUCAAACGGGAAAUUUUACUGCUGCUCUCAAUCCUGCUAAUAGGGAAAAAAACCGCUACAGUGAUGUCAUGCCUUUUGAUGCAACCAGGGUACGUUUAAAGUCCUCAACAGGUGAUCGGCCUUCAAGAAAUGACUACAUAAAUGCAAGCCAUAUAAAGAUUGACAGCAGAAAUAAAAGUCAAACACAGUUCAUUUCCACUCAAGGUCCACUAAUCAAGACAUUUGAGGAUUUCUGGCAGAUGGUGUAUGAAAACCAGUGUUCUGUGAUUGUUAUGCUCACUAAAUUUGAUGGUGCUAAGUGCGAUGGAUAUCUUCCAAUGGACAAAGGAGAAGAAGGAUAUUAUGGAAAACUCAGUGUUAAGACCACACAGUACAGAAAAGAUGGUGACUUAGUACUGCGUGGUUUGGAGUUGGAGGUACAACAGAAUGAGUCACGUAUAGUUCGCCGUGUUCUCCACAUUCAGUACUCUGAAUGGCCUGACCAUGGGGUGCCAUAUCACAGUGCUUCUGUACGACAAAUUUUAAGACGAUUAUAUGACAUUCCAAGAGAGCAUCCAGUAGUUGCACAUUGCAGUGCAGGCAUUGGAAGAACUGGUGCUUAUAUCACUAUCCACAAUACUAUAGAGAGGAUUUUAUCUGGUGACAUGUCAGCUUUGGAUCUUUCUGAAACUGUUACAAAAUUUAGAUCCCAGCGACCUGGAAUGGUCCAAACAGAGGACCAAUACAAGUUUUGCUAUACUGCAAUUGUGGAUGAGCUGAACGAUCUGCUACCAAAUUCAAAACACUGAAUCAUUUCUGAGAGACGAUCAGUGUCCCGGGUAUCUGACAAAUUGUCGCAAGUCUUCCCUCGAUUCUUUAAGUCUAGGUAACAGCAUUCAUGUACAGCAUGAAUACUGAAAUUACUGAACUUCAGGCUUCAGCAGGAAGCCUCUCUAACUUCUCCACACCACACCAAGAACCAUGCGUAUCCCAGGUUUAUGCCUGGCCUGCUCUGUAUCCGAUGCUGAUGAUGUUCACAAAGGUUUGGAAUUUGCAGCGGUGCUUCUCCUGCCCACCUAACCUGUGAUUGUUUGGUAGCAGUAGUAAGAGGUGCACCGUGCAUGUGAUGAAAUCUUUCGGAAGUUUCUAAGACUCAGCUUUGUCACUUUCCAAGCGGUAGUGACGCUGCCUGCCGCCCCCCUUUGUUUCUGUCUGAACUGAAGUCAAAUGUCUGGAGAAGAUUGAAACGGCUGUUGCUACUGCAAAUGCGGUGAUGGCGUUGUCUUCUA